CCGGGCCCGUCCUCUCCAUCCGCGUCUGUAGGGACAUGAUCACCCGGCGCUCGCUCGGCUACGCCUACGUCAACUUCCAGCAGCCCGGCGACGGUGAGGGGCAGCGGACCCCGGUUCCCGCCCCCCGAGGCCUCCUGCGAGGGAUUCUGGGAGGGGAUCCCCCUCCCACCCCUAAAUACUUGCUGAGCUGAGUGAGCCCUGGAUACCAUGAACUUUGAUGUAAUCAAAGGCAAGCCCAUCCGCAUCAUGUGGUCUCAGCGGGACCCCUCUUUGAGGAAAUCGGGUGUAGGGAAUGUCUUCAUUAAGAGCCUGGAUAAAUCCAUAGACAACAAAGCACUUUAUGACACGUUCUCUGCUUUUGGGAAUAUUCUUUCUUGCAAGGUGGUUUGUGAUGAGAAUGGCUCCAAGGGCUAUGCUUUUGUGCACUUUGAGACACAAGAUGCUGCGGACCGCGCCAUCGAGAAGAUGAACGGCAUGCUGCUUAACGACUGCAAAGUGUUUGUUGGCCGAUUUAAAUGCCAUAAAGAACGUGAGGCAGAAUUGGGAGUCAAAGCCAAAGAGUUUACCAACGUCUAUAUUAAAAACUUUGGGGAUGAGAUGGAUGACAAGAGGCUGAAGGAUCUCUUCAGCAACUAUGGUAAGACCCUCAGUGUUAAAGUGAUGACUGACCCAGCUGGGAAAUCCAAAGGUUUUGGCUUCGUGAGUUUUGAAAAGCAUGAAGAGGCCAGCAAGGCAGUAGAAGAAAUGAAUGGAAAAGAUUUCAAUGGGAAAAUUGUGUUUGUGGGUCGUGCACAGAAGAAGGUGGAACGGCAGGCAGAGCUGAAACGCAGGUUUGAGCAGCUGAAGCAAGAGAGGAUCAGUCGUUACCAGGGAGUUAAUCUCUAUAUCAAGAACUUGGAUGACACAAUUGAUGAUGAGAAGCUGAGAAAGGAGUUCUCUCCAUUUGGGUCCAUCACAAGUGCAAAGGUGAUGCUGGAAGAUGGUCGAAGCAAAGGCUUCGGCUUCGUCUGCUUCUCCUCUCCAGAAGAAGCCACCAAAGCCGUAACUGAGAUGAACGGGCGCAUUGUGGGAUCCAAGCCGCUGUAUGUGGCCUUGGCCCAGAGGAAGGAGGAGCGCAAGGCCCACCUCACCAACCAAUACCUGCAGCGCAUUGCUGGCAUGAGAGCUCUGCCGGCGAACACCAUUGUUAGCCAGUUCCAGCCGACUUCCGGAGGCUAUUUCAUGCCGGCUGUGUCCCAGAUCUGCUGCUGGAAUCCAGGUGGGAGGCCUCAAGGCUUCCAAGGUAUGCACAACAGUAUGCGCCAGUCUGGGCUGCGGCCAACGCUACGGCAUUUGGCUCCCACAAAUGCUGCUCAAGCAUCACGUGGUGUGCCUGGUGCUCCCCAGAAGACUGGGGUUGCUCCUCGGCCACCUAUAGCCACCCAGGCUCCCAGGGCUGUUCCACCAUACAGAUACGCUGCAGGCAUCCACAGCCCCCACCCAGCAGUCCAGCCUUUACAGGCCCCACAACCUGCUGUUCACGUGCAGGGACAAGACCCUCUGACGGCAUCCAUGCUGGCUGCUGCACCUCCUCAGGAGCAAAAGCAAAUGCUGGGAGAACGUCUCUUUCCAUUGAUCCAGGCAAUGCACCUCAGCCUGGCAGGGAAGAUCACUGGGAUGUUGCUGGAGAUUGACAACUCAGAGCUGCUACACAUGCUGGAGUCUCCAGAAUCCCUCCGUUCCAAGGUGGAGGAGGCUGUGGCGGUAUUACAGGCUCACCAAGCAAAGAAGGUAGCUACUCAAAAGGUGGACAUUGUUACUGCUACCUCAUAAACCAAGGAUGCUGGUCUUGUACAGUCUCUGAAGAAAUCAUUUCAUUCUGCAUAUUUCAACGUAAUACAACAUAUCUCAACAAUUUUCAGUGUUUAAAGCUCUUAAUAUGCCUUAUUUAAAAAUAUUUUAAAAAAUCAAAUUUCAUAUGCAAGGAUUUAUUCUCCUGGCCAAGGGAUGGACAUCUUGUUUUUCCAUGUGGGAUAAUGACAUUUUUGGACUUAGUUUUAAUCAGACAAUCCCAAUUUGCAAAGUCAAUAAAUAGAAGUAUUUUAUGAAA